AUGAUUCAUACUCGCUUAUUACACACCCUGAGAUCUGUAUUGAAACCCGCCACAAUGUCUGCACGUGCCCUCGAACUAAAAGAAAAUUAUACUAAUAUCCACAACAAGGCUCUUGCCCUCAACCCUUCGGUUCGUUUGGUAGCCGUUUCCAAAUAUAAGCCAGCAAGUGAUAUUUUGGAUCUUUACAAUGCUGGUGUACGUCACUUUGGUGAAAACUAUGUCCAAGAACUUGUAGGUAAGGCCCACGAGUUACCAAAGGAUAUCCAAUGGCAUUUCAUUGGAGGCCUUCAAACGGGCAAAUGUAAAGAUUUAGCUAAAGAAAUCCCAAAUCUUUACGCCGUGGAAACAAUUGAUAAUUUAAAGAAAUGUAAGAAAUUGGAUUCAGUCAGAAAAACUGUCGAAGGAGCCCAAAAGAUAAACAUCUACUUACAAGUGAACACUUCUGGAGAGCUGCAAAAAUCCGGAUUCAUAUACGAUAACUUGGCUGAACUCGAAGAAACUGUAGACUUUCUUUUGAGUGGUGAAUGUACCAUGCUCAAUUUUGAAGGGUUGAUGACCAUUGGAUCUUUUGAAGCUUCUACUUCAGGCGAAGAGAACCAAGACUUUAAGAGAUUGGUAGAGUUGAAACUGAAGUUGGAUACAAAGUACAAGUUGGACUUGUUGUUAAGUAUGGGAAUGAGUAAUGAUUUUGAAGAAGCAAUCAGACAAGGAAGUACCAGUGUUAGAGUGGGAAGUUCCAUCUUUGGUUCAAGACCACCUAAAUAA